AUGAAAAUCGCCGUUUAUAUUUAGUCUUAACACCAUAGUUCUUUCAGCAUGGCAGAAGGCGGAACCAGUGAAAGUGAAAGUAUGCAGCACAAUUUAGAGGCUGAAAAAGAGGAGAUAUCGGGUUAUAUGAAACGAGAAUUAAAACGGGGUGACAUAUGGUACCUCGUUGAUGCAAAAUGGUUUAAACAGUGGAAAAAGUAUGUAGGUUAUGAUGAUUGGGACAAGACUUUUGUGGGAGAGAAGGAUGUAUACCCAGGACCUGUGGAUAACUCACCUCUACUGAAGGAAGGGAAGGAAGAACUAAAAGAACAUCUUAUUGAUGAGUUGGAUUAUAUUUUACUUCCAAAAGAAGGAUGGGAGAAAAUUGUGGAAAGCUAUGGUAUCACAGAGGGCCAGACCCCCAUAAAGAGGAAAGUGAUCGAACAGGGAAUGUUUGUGAAGCACUGUAAAGUGGAGGUAUAUCUGAUGGACGUGAAGCUGUGCGAGAAUUCUAACCUGUCGGAGAGUGUGACGCUGAGCUUAAGUCGCUGUGACACAAUAGAGGAUGUUGAGAAAGUGAUGAGGAAGCAAUUUGAUAUAUCAGACGACAAGGAGGUCAGGUUGUGGAACAAGUACAUGUCAAAUACGUACGAACAUCUGAACAAACCGGAGCAGACCCUGCAGGAGGCUGGACUAUACUCCGGGCAAAUCAUCGUCAUAGAACAGAAAAACGAGGAUGGAACCUGGCCCCGACAGACCAAGAGGGAAGCUGACCCUAGCAUUAGCUACACCAAGAACUACAACAGCUACUCCAACUCUGACUAUGACUCGGGGAAGGGAGGCACAGUGGCCCCAGGGCUGUGUGGUCUGUCCAAUCUAGGAAACACCUGCUUUAUGAACUCAGCUAUACAGUGCAUGUCCAAUGUCCCGAAGCUGACAAAUUAUCUCCUGGGAGACCGAUGGAAGGAGGAGAUAAAUGAGGAUAAUCCACUAGGUAUGGGAGGGGAAAUUGCCAGAUCUUACACUGAAUUGAUCAAGACAAUGUGGUCAGGAAAAUACAGCUAUACAGUUCCCAGAUAUUUCAAAGUACAGGUAGGGAAAUUCGCUCCGCAGUUUUCAGGAUACCAGCAGCAAGAUUCACAAGAACUUCUGGCUUUUUUGUUGGAUGGUUUGCAUGAAGAUUUGAACAGGAUUAAGAAAAAACCUUAUGUUGAGAUACAAGAUUCUAACAAUCGUUCAGAUCAGGAAGUAGCAAAGGAAUCCUGGGAGAACUAUGAGAAGAGAAAUGAUUCAGUGAUAGUUGACACUUUUCACGGACUGUUGAAAUCCACAGUGAAUUGUCCAGAGUGUACGAAGGUGUCAGUGACCUUUGACCCAUUCUGUUAUCUAUCACUGCCCAUGCCAAUCAAAAAGGAGAGAUUACUGGAGGUGUUCUGGAUUCCCCUGUCCCCAGAGAAAAAACCCAUACAGAUGAGAGUCCUGGUGCCUAAGAUGGGAAGUAUCGGUGAUCUGUGUAUAGCAGUGGGAGCCAUGCUGUCAGCAGACCCCCAGAAGAUGGUGGUCACAGAUGUGUACAAUCACAGAUUCCACAAGAUCUUUCUCUCAAGUGAACAGAUCUCUAGCAUCCUGGAUAGGGACGAUAUUUUCAUAUAUGAAGUGCCUGUUUCCACUACAGAGGAAUCAUCAGACAUUAUAGUUGUUCCAGUCUACAUGAGGGAAAAGAGAUGGGCAAACAAGUGCUCCUCAAACUAUCAGAUGUCCUCCUUGCAGCUGUUCGGCCAACCAAUGCUCCUAGCUCUACCAAGUAGGAUGUGUACCUCAGAAAUCCUGUACAAAGCCUUCCUCCAGAGAAUGUCUCGUUACAUACAAGUUCCUGCCAAGGACGACAUCUGGUGGAAAGAUGACGAGGAAGAUGAGCAGGCAGAAGAGGACUGCGAGACAGACAAUACUAGUGAGACGUGUAAUGGCACUGUGGAGAAGGAAGGCCAAGAAAAUGGAGAAGUUCUGGACAUGGAAACCUCAUGCUCAAGUACAGACUCCAACUCCAAGUGUUGUAACAAUAGCUCCACGGACCCCCCAGAAUCGGACGGCAUCGUCACCAACAACAAACCGCAGAAAACACCACAACCCAAGCACCUGGUCAAGUUUACCAUGGUCAACUCCUACGGCAGUGCUGAAAUGGACUACAAAAUCAAAGAAGAUGGAAGCCCUCUGAAACUGACUAGUCGAACGUACAUUGCCGCUGACUGGCAUCCGGUGGCGAAGGAGAAGUUUUACCUGGAGAAGACAGCAGAGGAGUUUGAGCAGCAUGAGUCGAUGAAGGUGAAGGCUCAGAAGAAGCAGGUCAUCCAGCUAGACAACUGUCUGGAGCUCUUCACAAAGUCUGAGCAGCUCGGAGAAAACGAUCUAUGGUACUGUCCUCAAUGCAAGAAACACCAGCCAGCCACAAAGAAGUUUGACCUGUGGAGUCUGCCUGACGUACUGAUCGUACAUUUAAAGAGAUUCUCUUACAACCGCUUCUACAGAGAUAAGAUCGAUGCCCUUGUAGAGUUCCCUGCCAGAGGUCUUAAUCUGAAGAAAUACAUCAUCAACCCGCACCAUGGACCAGUGACGUAUGAUCUUAUCGCGGUCAGCAACCACUACGGAGGGCUAGGGGGCGGCCAUUAUACAGCCUAUGCAAAGAACAAGGAUGAUGGAGAAUGGUACUACUUUGACGACUCGAGUGUGACAUCAUCUUCUGAAGACGAUGUGGUGUCUAAGGCGGCCUAUGUCCUCGUGUAUCAAAAACAGACUCUUCAGCAACCUUCUGCAGCAAACUCAGCUUGUGGAUCAGAAACGGACCCCUCAUUGGAAACAGAAGCAAUGGAGACAUGAUAGAGCGACUUCUAGGGAGAAGGAAGCUACUCUUCUAAGGCCUGAAUACAGCUACAGACUGUCAAUAUCUAGGGCUGCUGAAGCCGAGGUGCUUGUGGGGGUAUAUGUUCUAUACUCAGGUGAUGCUUCCUCCCAGGGCGGCAAGGAUGUGGACAUUGAUUCGUGUAUUCCUCAUUCUAAGUUCAGAAACUUGAUCAAGGUGUAGCUGUAUAUUCAUUGUACAUUUGCAUGUAUAGAAAGAGAUUAAAAUGUCAUUGCUAUUUAUAUUUUGAGCUGUCCUAUCUAUCGGAAUCUCUCGAUGAUCCUCUGUCUGUCUACAAGUCCUUGCCACGUGGUGUUCAUCAUCGCACUGUCAGGGGUCACAAGUCUGUGUGGGGGUAGAACAACUGUAGAGCUAUCAGCAUUAAUGAGAGUUAUUUUAUUUUUCAACCAAUCAGAUUUUCUGUUACAUGUUCUAGCUUGGUAAACUAUUUUUAAAGUAGAAUCUGAAUGUAACACAGCCAUGAGAACUUUAAUGUUCAUUUCUGUUCGAUAUUUUUGUUCUAAGGUAGUACAUGUAUCAUAUUUUAUUAUAUUUUAAAACAAUAAUCCAUAUCUAGGACAUUAUGAACAGUAAUUUUUUUUUAAAAUAUUUAUGGUCACGGUGUUACAUUUAUUUCAAAGUUAUGACGCCAUGCUUACAUAGUGAGUAUAAGGUUAAAAAGAUGUAACACAAUCUUGAGAUGGUGUGUAGCUGAUGGUCAGAGGGAUACACUGUUAAAAUGGCCACAAGUGGACUCGGCCCUUGACAGUGUGAGAAAACAUCAUACUGUUGCUGACAUUUUGAACUUAUAGUCUUCUCAAACCAUUUAUAGAGCCUGAUAUUCAUAUUGAAUUCUUGGUUUUGUGUCGUUCUUUUCAGAGUUCUAAAAUGGUUGCUACCUCUAAUGAGCUACCUGUCUGCUUACCAGUAGUUAUUUACAUGUUUGUUUAUUUGUUAAAUCAUCACUUUUUCAGAUAUUUUACUGCAGAUAUACAUUAUACAUGAUGUUGGUAGUGUGGAACAUUAUCACUUAUUCAUUCAAACGUAAUUAUGUAAAUUCUAUUCAUACACGCAUGUUUAUUCAUUUCAAUGGCUUUAAAGUUUUAGUUUGAAAAACUUAAAAUAUUGGUCAUUAUGAUAUCUCAGCUUUUUGGUAUUGAAGGUAUUGAAGAUAAAAAUUCUGAUGCAUCCACAUCCUCAAAUAUGCAGAUUUAUGAAGCACCAAACUGUGAAACAUUUUUGUUGAUGCAUUUAUAUUCCUGUUUGAUGAGGCUACAUGUUUCUUAUUCUAUCAGAAAUGCAUAUAUACGAUAUACAUGUAUAUAAAUUCUCUGUGACAGUUUAAAAUGUUUCCAUGUCUCUUUACCUGUAAAACCUUACUGUUAGUACAUGUACCACCAUGUACUCACCGGUUUAAAUUUCAGAAAGUUGUGUUUGAUUCUAGUACACACUGGACAAUUUGGUGAGUGGUUAACUAUGGCCACCAGAAAUACACAUAUCUUGAAUAUUUGUACACUUAGUCCGACCUAUCUGACAUUCUCCUGGCUUAUCUAAUGAUUUCAAUAUUUUAAAAAUUUUUCUGGCAAGUAAAAAAUCAACAUUGUUAUAAAAAAAGCCAGGAAAAUGUCAGAAAUUUCAGACUAUGGAACACUGUUCUAUGUCUUUUUCUGACUUUGACAGUAUUUUGUGACAAAGCUAUUAAAUUAUUCAGAGCUGUGUGAAGUUACUGCUCUCGUUUUUUGUUUUAUUGAUAUAUGUGAUGUUUGAAAAUGAUAAAAAAAAAUUAUCAUUGAUUGCAAUUUUUCACUGAAUUGUAAAAUAUAUCCAAUAUGUUCUGUGUUAAUUUUAUUGCUGUGCACAACAAUAGAAAUAGAGGAGAAACCCACCAUAUGUUUAUCAUAAUUAUUCUAUCUAAAUACCAAAUUCAGUCUAAAAGGCUUAACCCAGUUUGAAUGUUCAAUUAGUGUUAUGUCCACUAACAUCUGUCUUUUCGACGAGAAAUGGGGUUUUAAAAAAAUUUUAUUUCAUUAUGUUGUAUAAUAUUUGUGCAUGUCAUAUUUAGAUGCAAGAAGGAACACAAAUUAUUAAAGAUUUCAGAAAUAGUUUACUGAUUAUAAAGACAUUAGAUGUUAUUUCAUUUCGAAAUCAGUACAAUGUAUCUCCUUUUCUGAUGUUUACAAUGGUAAUUAAAUUUGAACAGUCUUCUUUUGUUUUAAUUUAUUUCUGAUAUACUGUGAUAUGAGUUAAUGGUAGAUAACCAAUUUGUUUGUCCCCCCUGUAUAUAAGUUACAUCUCAGCUAUGAGGUAGAUGCACUAGCUCUUUCAGGUGUAAAAUGAAAGUAAAAGGAUUUUGUGUGUUUUACUCGUCAGACUUAUAGAUUACAGGUGACAACAGCCAAAGCUGUGAUUAUCACCAUGCACACUGUCCAGUGUAGAUAUGAUAAUUGUAUACAAUGUAUAUAUGAAUAUUGUUCUUUGUCUUAUGGCCCAUCUGGCUUCUUUAAAUAAAGAACUGUUUUGAUUGUAA